CUCAGUCUCUCCUUGCUGGAACGGGCCUAGAGCCGGGGGGUCUUCUCUUUGCAUCUCUUCUACUCCUGGGUGUAUAUAUCUAGUAUAUACAUAUAUACACACUGUGGUCAACAAUGUUUAGGAACCGAUGGAUUUCCAGCUAUGUGGGAAGUGUCAUAUGCCCGGAGGAUCCAGGUUUUAACAGAGAAGGCCCAGUCAGGCAUAGAAACUCAAGACUUCAAUUAAGAAAAACCUCAAGCUUCCAAAAAAACUUUGGCUGUGGAUUUCAAGGAGAUUUGGGAAACGGCUCAAAGGAUAUUGAUGCACACAUACUCUCCGUUCUUCCUAAAGUUUCAGAGUUAAGAAAACUAUUUGAGCCCAACCGGAGGGUUAUCACAGAGAUGAAGAGAAAGGAAAGAAUCGCCAGACGCUUGGAAGGCAUUGAAAAUGAAGCCCCGCCAAUUAUGUUACAGAACAGACUACUAGAAGAAGACACCCCAAGAUACAUGCGAGCUACUGAUGCAUAUAGCCCUCUCGUAGGACACACAAAUGAUGACGCAACUUCAGAGUCUUCAGUAGAAACGCAUUCAAAGUUAAGGUACCAUCCGAAACCAGCAGAUAUUCAGCCCACAACUACUAACGUCCCAGGAAAUGUGGAUGUAUCCGAACCGGAAUCUAAGGCGGAAAGGAUAGCCCGAUACAAAGCAGAACGAAGGCGACAAUUGGCCGAAAAAUACGGCCUUCCUUUGGACUCUGAAGGAGAUUCGGAAUACCAGUCCAGGUAUAUGAGACCGAGGAGAGACAGCGACACCUCUGAGAAGAGGUCUGGAAUUUUUGAGGAGGAUGAUGCCAAGGACAAUGUUUCUGAUUACUUGUAUCGGCCGGAGACCAGGAAGGCUCGUCUCCAUGACGUGGUGAAGCAUCACGACGUGAACGAAAAUGUCUCUACCCGCGAUGCUCUGCAGAACCUGGAAAACAAUAACCAGUUUCAUGGACUCUCGCAGGUAGAUGGUCCAACCCCUGUUUCUUCAUAUACACUGGGAAACAUUUUAGGAGAAGCAUCACUGUCGCCUAAGUUCCCUCGUCGGGCAUCCCAGACCUCUCCAAAGCGUUCCUCAUCUCCGGUUUCCUUCUCGUCUCCAAUUUCUGUGGAUCAGCAGCAGCAGACCGAUAGCAGGCAAGGAGUUAAAGUUAGAGAGAGACUGGUGCGAGAUGAGAACGUGCAUGGGAGUCCAAAGAUUGACACAGAGACCUCCGCCCAAAAGAAGCAUCAUGUUGCCCCGGCCUACUAUAAGCCUUUUCAGUCUGAGAACUCUGCAUUCGAUAGAGUCUAUAAGCAGCCAGUCCCAGGGCGUCAACCCAUCCAUGGCUACAUCCAACCCGCUAAUGUGGCUCACACUCCCAAGGUUGUUUCACGUACAAUGUCCGAUAACGUUAUGGUGUCUGCCUUUACUACCUCACUAAGAAAUCCACGAGCAGUCAAUGAAGUGAACUCUGAUAAAUCACGUCAGGUUCAUCAAGGUCCCACCAAUACGUUUGAGACUCACAAAACAGAGACUAGUAAUGGUAAGCUGCACGACUCUUAUGAGGAAAGCCCACCAAGAUUUAUAGCCUCUGUCGACCAGCAGAAAAGUGAUGAAGUAGCACCUCCUAAGGACCCUCUUCCACAUGUGUCACAAAAUGUUCCACCUCACAAUAUGCCUAACGACAGCUUGGGAAAAUCCGAAGCCAUUUUGUACCUGCAGAGUGGCUUGACCCCUAAGCCCUACAGACCACCAGGGCAAGCCAAGGAAGUUUCGACGAUGAAGCAUAAAAUGUUUGUGCGCUCAAUGUCUGACUCUGGCAUGCAGAAACCAGAAGCGAUUCAAUUGCAAUCUUCAGAAAUACAAAAAGAGAUGGUAUUUUUGGGCACUGAAGAUAAUAGCCAUAUAGCCAAUGGAGAAGCUGGAACGGUAAACACAAAGGUGUCUGUGGCCCAGCUUAGGACUGCAUUUUUGGAGACCGCGAAUUCCAGCAAAAAAGCAGACCCUGAACCCAAGGCUGACAUGCCAACCUCAAGUGCUGAUCUUGGUGCAGCCAAUGAGCGGGAAAGAGGCCUGCGAAGGCCAAGACUCUAUAUCUCUCCUGGGGACAAUAGAAAAACUUCUGAAAGGUUUAGAACCCAACCUGUAACUUCAGCUGAACGAAAAGAAACAGAUAGGACAACAUUUCAUCCUUCUCCGCCAGUGCAGACAGCAGAAGAAGAGGAAGCGAAGGUGGAUGAAAGAGCAAAACUUAGCGUCGCUGCAAAGAGGCUUCUAUUUAGGGAAAUGGAAAAAUCUCUGGACCCCAAAGCUACAAAGCCACGUGCUAGAAACGCGGCCGUGGACAGGAGGUUGCGGCGUGCCCAGGACAGGUCCCGCACUCAACCUGUCACCACCGAAGAAGUAGUGAUCGCUGCCACCUUACAGGCAUCCACACAUCACAAGGUUGCUUCCCAGGCAGGAGCAGAAAUUGUGAAGGAAACCAGAGAAGAACCUAGUAGUCCUGAGGAACCAGAUUCCUCUUCUCUGUCCUUGGCUGAAAAGAUGGCCCUAUUCAAUAAGCUCUCCCAACCAGUCAGUAAAGAGAAAUCAGCCCGCAACAGGAUGGAUAUGCGACAGAGAAGAAUGAACGCACGAUAUCAGACUCAGCCGGUCACUCUGGUUGAAGUUGAACAGUUUAAGAACGGAGGCGAAAAGAUUGCCCCAUUAUCUCAAACCGUGGUAACAUCUGUGGCGACUUUGACGUCUCGAUCGUCUCCAGUCUAUCCCGGGGACAUAAAUGUCACAAAGUCGUCUAAUUACGACGAGAGAAUAUCGAAUGUCUCCAGCGCUUCCACCCAGCUUCACACUUCAAUGGAGACAGGAAACACUACAGGGAGAAGCCUGUUGCUGUCAGAAUCGUGGAGUUCUCCCUCCGCCGAUAAAGUCAGAGACAAAGAACCGAGGAAGCCAGUCUUUGACGAGACCAGCAGAGCGUCUGCGGCAGAAGAUAGCAGCGGCGGAGGCGGCUUGAGAAGAUCUAGCUCUGUGCAGAAGGAAACCCUGGACGUUACAAGGGAGGAGGAACCUGGAAAAGAACAGAAGAUGCUCGGGCAUGUUAUCCCAAGUAAGGGCAUGGCGGAAUUAUACAGCCCGCAGCCGGUGUUACAGCCUGCUCUACGCCCGGAUCUGCCAGUAGGAGAAAGCGCCCUGCAGGUACAGGUGGAUGAUAUGCAAGAGGAGAGGAGGACUCAGCAGUCACAGGGGACCACGUGGAGUGAGAAGAGUGCUGUGGAGAUUGUCGAGGAGCCGGCCUCUGAACCUCUUGGCACCGUCUCAGCAUCACAAGCAGUUUCUCACACUUUGCCUGCCGUAUCCAGCAGACCGCAGGCAGCGGAGCUAGAGGAAAGGAAGACCCCGGAGAGGACGCCGGAGAUCGCCCCUCAAGACGAGACCGAUUCGGAGGAGGACAUUGACAUCUCCGGCAAAGGCAUGUCCAUCAGAGACAGGCUGGCUCUGUUGAAGAAGAGUGGGGAGGAAGACUGGAAGAACAGGCUUAACAAAAAGCAGGACCUCAGCAAAGCGUCUGUCACAGAGCGCAGUACGCGCACCCAGCUGCUGGAAAUUGAACAGUCGCUGAAAAAGAAGCAAAGGGUUACGGAUGCUGCUGGGACACACAUGACCAUUGAGGAGAGGAAACAGCAGAUCACAAUAAGAGAAGAAGCCUGGAAGUCGAAGGGUUUAGGAGCUUCCAAUGACUCCACUCAGUUUACUGUUGCUGGGCGAAUGGUAAAAAAAGGCUUGGCCUCACCUACAGCCAUAACAUCUAUACCAUCUCCAACCGCUCUCAAACCGAAGUCUAUCAAUGUUGUCGCUAAACCUUCUGAAGAAAUUGAAGCCAAGCCUGAACUGCACCUGGAAUCUGAUAGAAAAUUGGAUAAACUUGAAUCAUUUUUGGGAAGACUGCACAAUAAAGUUGGAGGCCUGCAGGACACAACACUAUCGGUCACCAGCAAGUCGGUGAAAGAAGUCAUGAAGCUCGAUGACGAUGAGACAUUCAACCGCUUUUACCGGCCGUUGGAGUUACAAGCCAGCCCUAUAGCCUUCUCCUUUGAUGACGAUUUUGAUUUUUUGUUUAGAGCUGAAGAACCAAAGUUGACCUCCACUGUUGCAGAACAUAAGCGUGCGGUGAGACCCAUGCGAAACGUCCAGGCUUCAGGGAACCCUCUUAAAAUGCUGGCAGCCCGGGAUGACAUCCUGCAGGAGUACACAGAGACCAGGCUAAACGUGGCUUUCAUGGAAUCCAAAAGGAUGAAAGUGGAAAAGAUGUCAAAAAAUUCUAACUUUUCCGAAGUGGCUCUGGCUGGACUGGCCAGUAAAGAGAACUUUAGCAGUGUCAGCUUACGCAGUGUUAACCUCACGGAGCAGCACUCCAACAACAGUGCCGUGCCAUAUAAGAAGCUUAUGUUAAUACAAAUUAAAGGUCGUAGACACGUUCAGUCGAGGUUGGUUGAGCCCCGGGCCUCCUCCCUGAACAGCGGUGACUGUUUCCUGUUGAUAUCCCCGCACUACUGCUUCCUGUGGGUCGGAGAAUUUGCAAACGUCAUUGAGAAGGCAAAGGCUUCAGAGCUGGCCUCUAUAAUUCAGACAAAGAGGGAACUGGGAUGUAGAGCGACGUAUGUGCAGACGAUAGAGGAGGGGAUAAACACCCAUACACACGCUUCCCGAGACUUCUGGAAACUUCUGAGCGGACAGACAGAAUAUCAGGAUGCUGGAAAUCCAGAAGAAGAUGAACGCUAUGAAAACGCAAUCAUUGAAACCAAUUGUAUUUACCGUUUGGUGGAUGAUAAGUUGGUCCCUGAUGAUGAAUUUUGGGGUAAAGUCCCCAAGUGCUCCCUUCUGCAGUCUAAAGAGGUUUUGGUGUUUGAUUUUGGCAGCGAGGUGUAUGUGUGGCACGGCAAGGAGGUGACGCUGGCUCAGAGAAAAGUGGCUUUCCAACUGGCCAAACACCUCUGGAAUGGCAUCUUUGACUAUGAGAACUGUGAUAUCAAUCCUCUAGAUCCUGGGGAAUGUAAUUCUCUUAUUCCAAGGAAAGGACAUGGUCGUCCAGACUGGGCCAUAUUUGGUCGACUGACUGAGCACAAUGAGACAAUAUUGUUUAAAGAAAAGUUCUUGGACUGGACAGAAAUGAAGAAAACCGCUGAGAAGACUUUGUGUGAGGAGCUCCCAAAGCAAAAGGUCGAGAAGCUAGAAGAAAAUGUCAAAGGCUACGAUGUCAUGCGGAUGGUCCCGCUCUCUCAGGCCACUGUGGGAACGGUUUUGGACGGAUUUAAUGUGUUGCGCGGUCACGGCAUGAUAGAAGGAGAUGACGGGAGACAGUAUGAAAUUACCACCGUAUCUGUGGACGUCUGGCACAUUUUGGAAUUUGACUACAGUCGGCUGCCGAAGCAGAGCAUUGGUCAGUUCCACGAGGGUGACGCGUAUGUGGUGAAAUGGAAAUACAUGGUGAGCACAACAGUUGGACAGCGGCAGAAGACAGAACACGUGCGGGUGGCAGGAAAAGAAAAGUGCGCGUACUUCUUCUGGCAGGGUCGACAGGCAACGGUUAGCGAAAAGGGCACGUCAGCGCUAAUGACGAUCGAGCUGGAUGAGGAGAGAGGCGCGCAGGUCCAGGUCCUUCAAGGGAAGGAGCCGCCAUGUUUUCUUCAGUGUUUUGAAGGGAGUAUGAUUGUGCACGCUGGGAGGAGAGAAGAGGAAGAAGAAAAUGCCCAAAGUGACUGGAGACUGUAUUGUGUUCGGGGAGAGGUUCCCAUGGAGGGUAAUCUCAUUGAAGUGGCUUGUCACUGCAGCAGCCUCCGAUCCAGGACAUCCAUGAUACUGCUCAAUGUCAAUAAAGCCGUCAUUUACCUUUGGCACGGCUGCAAAGCGCAGAGCCACACAAAGGAAGUAGGGAGGACUGCGGCCAACAAGAUUAAAGAACAAUGUCCUUUAGAGGCCGGGUUGCAUAGCAGCAGCAAGGUGACUAUAUAUGAAAGUGACGAGGGCUCCGAAUCCCUAGGAUUCUGGGAUGCACUUGGCAGGAGAGACCGUAAAGCCUAUGACUGCAUGUUGCAAGAUCCUGGGAAAUUUAACUUCACACCAAGGUUGUUCAGCCUCAGUAGUUCAUCUGGAGAGUUCACAGCUACAGAAUUCAUGUACCCAUCCAGGUUGCCGUCAGUGGUGAAUUCCAUGCCUUUCUUACAGGAGGACCUCUACACAGCCUCGCAGCCAGCUCUCUUCCUUGUUGACAAUCAUCACGAGGUUUACCUCUGGCAAGGCUGGUGGCCCUCGGAAGAUGAUAUUACUGGGUCCGCACGGAUACGAUGGGAUACAGACAGGAAAAGCGCAAUGGAGACUGUGCUACAGUAUUGCAAAGGCAAAAAUAGUAAAAAACCACCCAAGUCCUAUCUAAUUCAUGCCGGUCUGGAACCUCUGACGUUUACCAACAUGUUCCCCAGCUGGGAGCACAGAGAAGACAUCGCCCAGAUCACAGAGAAGGAUGCUGAAGUCUCCAGUCAGAUAAUCCUUGUAGAAGACGUUCUGGCCAAACUCUGUACAAAGAUCUACCCCCUGGAGGAACUCCUUGCCCGCCCUUUGCCUGAGGGAGUGGACCCCUUAAAUCUUGAAAUUUAUCUCUCUGAUAAAGAUUUUGAGAUUGCAUUAGAAAUGUCUAGAGAAGAAUACAACACACUGCCAUCCUGGAAACAAGUCAACGUCAAAAAGGCUAAAGGACUCUUCUAGAGAGAUCACGUCGUCUUGACCUUCCCUCACGGUUUGCUGGAUCAUCUGUGAGCCUGCAGUUCUCUUCCAGACGUCUCUCCACUUUACUGCAGAAUUUUGCACUCGCUGUCUUUACGUUACGUGCACAGUUCAGUGUACCGUCUUACAGCCCUGUGUACGGCCGCUGUGGAUAGGACGAUGAAAUGAAGGACAAUUAUGUGAGAUCCGAUGACUGUGGUUACUACGCUGCCUGUUGACUCCUGUCCCCUUGUAAAUGUACUGAAAGAGCCACUGAGGAAGAGGAGUGUUACUCCCAAGAAACCCGCAAGUAUCUACCGUGCACUUAAGCUAAACGCAAACUUUAUUCCUUGGCUGGAAACGUUACAGUUUUGGAUCUUUUUUUUUUCUUUUGUAAAUGUUUAGUUUGUCUGAGUCAAUAGAAUGUAUUUAUAUCGACACUGUGUAUUUAACUAUGCAAUAUAAUCACUGUGUAAGAUUUGUGUGUUAUGACACAAACCGUAAAAUACAAUGCCAAUACUGUGCUAACGGCGGAUAACCUCAGGUUGUCUGUAUACCAUAUGCAUUUGUGAUAUAUUUUUUUUCUCUUUUUUUGCAUGUGGUGGUUAGUAUUACGAUGGUCACAUCCUGUGUGGACUUGCUUCUCUCCACUGUGCCCUAUAAUGGUGCAAAAAAAAAGUGAAAAGGCUGAGUUAGCUCUUCCCCCAUCUACAGUCCUACAUUGGCGCAUUGGCCCCCACAGACGCAUUGCUAGAUUUAUUCACAGAUUUGUUUUUUUUGCCUUUUUGCUUACAUGUCAGACUAAAGGGGCUAAUAAGCGACUGUAUAGUGCCUUGUUUUUUUUUUGUGUACAGUUUAUAUACAGCAAAAAAUGUAGUCUGCAUUUUGGACGCAGUUAUAAAAAAAAAAAAAAAAGCAUCUGAUAUUUGUACUUUAUAAUAGAAGACAUCUCAGUUUCUAAUACCUGAUGUAAACUUUAAACAUGUAUUUUGUGAUAUAAGAUCCCAAAUUAAAAAAGAAAAAAAAAGCU